AGCAUAUCCUUUCCCGUGUCUGGUUCGCUUCGAUUUCAAUCCAUCGGCAACAGUCGAGCGAGUUGGACGUCUUUUUGUGAUCCGUGUUGAUAACCCCCCGUGUGUGGAAUUGGAGUGUUUUUAUCAAAAUCAAGUGCAGUGACCAAUCAUCAUCAUCGUCGCCGCCAGCGGAUCGCCGUGUUUUGCUCUCCGAAAUCGUGCGUGUGUUUUGACGCGUUGUGCUCCCGCACAGUCGGGUUGUCGACGGUUUACGGCUUCUCGUGUUUGCUUUUCUGCGUGCAGUAUCUCCUCCGCUGAAUAUUUUUAUUCACAUUGAAUUCGGCCGAUAUCUGUCGCUCUGUCUCUGUUGCUCACCCGUACGGGAGUGCCAGUCGGUUGGCGAGAGAAGGAAAACGCGUGUGUGAAAUUACGCAGUAGGCAGUAUUUUUUUUUACGAAAAUCUAUCAGCCAGACGGACGGAGAUUCUCGAAUCGGACGGUGAAAAAGGUGGAACGUUUCUGACUUUCGGUUGGUGAUUUUGAAACUUUGGUGUAAAGUGCGGAGAUUAGGGUUGAAUUGCGUAAAACCGGUGUUUAGGACAAGGAAAAAGUUCUGGAGCGAUUACCGUGGGAGAAUUAGUUGAUAGCGAUAAGGCAAAUUAAGGAUUAGAUUUUGGGAAGAUUCGAUUCUAACGCUAUUUGGCAGCCGGCCUUAGCUGAGAAUUCAAGGCCGGAGGACAUUUUGUUUUGUGCAUAUUGAAUAAAGAAAAAAGCCUGUCGGUACUUUGGAGAGAAGAAAACAUUGGGUUUAGUGUCCCCAAGUGAAUGUGAAAAGCCGAAAGGGAUCGAAAACGGAACGCGGCGGGACCAGAAUCAUCCGAAAAUAGCCUGAAAAAUAGUGCAGUUGGGUGUCGGAGGAAUCUUCCCGGUGUGCGUGAGUGAGAAAAUCCCCCUCAGACGUUUCUACGUUCCGACAUUGUUUUUAACCGGACCGCCAACACCAUGGAUAUCGAGAAACCUCUGAACGGAAACCACGCCGUUGCAAACGGUGUCCGAGAGAAAAACGGACACCACAAUGAGGACUCGAUGAGUCCGGUCGGGAGCCCUCAGGGGGCAACCGCCAGCGUUGGCUCACCCGGCAGCAAUGGUCUCAUGAAAAAGCCCCUCCCCGUGCUGGACGAGCGGCUUAAGAAGCGGGUACGCAAACUGUCCCGCUCCAACAGCAAGGACGGCGUGCUGGGAGUCGCCGGAACGCCCAACUUCGUCGCUCCGCACAGAAAAUGGAAGAACAGUCGACGAUCGCGCAACGGUUACGGCCGUGGUCUACCAAAGAAGGGCGGAGCCGGGGGCAAGGGUGUCUGGGGUAAACCCGGCUCGGAAAUCUAUCAGGAAGUGGACGAGGACGACCAGAACGAUCCCAACUUCGACCUGGAUGCGUACAACAGUCACCACAACUUCGAGCUCAAGGAGGUCGUCCUGGAGCUAACGGACGAAGAGUUCCAGAAAAAGGUCGAACCCAUCUUCCUGGAGUAUUACGAGCACGGGGACACCCACGAGGUGGCCGAAAGCCUAGACGAGUUCAUCACCGGCGAACGACGACCGCUGCUCUCCAAGAUUGCCGUCGAGAUGGCCUUCGAGCACAAACAGUCCCAGCGGGAGAUGACCUCGGUGUUGAUCUCCGACCUGUACGGACGCACAGUCACCAGCAAAGAUAUUUGCGCAGGUUUCGACAUGCUGCUGGACAACAUGACGGACCUGAUCCUGGACACACCGGAAGCGCCGCACAUCCUCGGCAACUUCAUUGCCCGUGCCGUCGCGGACGAUUGCGUCCCACCAAAGUACGCUUACGAUAUCGACCGGGAGGGGCUGUGCCCGCAAGCCCGGGAGGCCCUGAUCCGGGCGUGUUCGCUGCUGUCGCAGCACCAGGGCUGGGGCCACCUGGAUGACGUGUGGGGCGUCGGCGGCGCUCUGCGACCCGUCCAAACCCUGACCCGGCAGAUGGCCAUCCUGCUGAAGGAGUACCUGCUGUCGCGUGAUCUCGAGGAAGCGCAACGCUCAAUCAAGGAGCUCGAGGUGAUUCACUUCCACCAUGAGCUGAUUUACGAGGCCAUCGUAAUGACGCUGGAAGCCCUCAAUGAGCAAACGGAGGAAGCCAUCUGUAUGCUCUUCCAAUCGCUGGACAACACCUGCAUCGUCAGCCCGGACCAGAUGGAGCAGGGCUUCCGCCGGGUCUACGACGAUAUGGCCGACAUCGUGCUGGACAUUCCGCUUGCUUAUUCGAUCCUGGAUCGAUUCGUACAGCGCUGCCAGCGGGCCGGGUUCCUCAGCGAUGCCGUCAUCAAGGAUUUGCCCUCGAGAGGCCGCAAGCGGUUCGUCUCCGAGGGUGACGGUGGCCGCAUCAAGCCAGUCAAUUUGCUUGCCCGCGACUUUUAAGGUGACUGCGUGCGCGCACAUGAAGCGCCAUCUGCAUCGAGGGGGUCGCACCCGUGAAGCGUAUCGGAUCGAGAGAACGGGACACACUCACGCUGCCUGCCACCCCUCUUUUGUUUUGGAGAUGAAGAAGAAAAAAUGGAAAAAAAAUCGAGGCAGCAAUGAUCCAUUUUGUUUGAGCAUAUUUGGAAGCGGAGUCCGGUGAACCUCUUCGAAGCAAUUGAAAAAAAAGUGAUUGAAGUUUGCUAAUAUUGCCGCCAAUCAAAGUCGAGCGGAUUGAAAUUUUCUGCGAAACAAAACUGAAAGUCAACCUUAUCUAUACUGUUAAUCUAUACACACCAUCUACAUAAGGAUUUACACAUUUCACAAAAACCGAUCGCAUCCUACUAUUGUAUUUUGAUAUGAAGCAUUAGAAGAGACCGAGUGAGAUUUGAAACAACUCAAACUAUCUACCUGUCGUGAGGAGGAAAGGGUGGCGUCGGUAUCGACGGCAGCUACGUGGAAAUAGAGAAGGCGCCGAUUCCGACGUAGAGAAACUCUUCCUUUGUUUAGCAGCUAAGGCAAAGACAAACAUUUACACGUGCGAUCAGUAGCAACUUAGCCAUUAGCUACUUAUACUACGAGAUGAAAAGCGAAAUUUUCGAGGAACAAGAUCAGUCAAGCAAUCGCAGGAAACGGAAGUAAGGGGUAAGUGGAAAACAUAUGAUAUGAGAAUGAUAAUGGUAGCAGAUUCAAGCAUAUAAGCAAGCUAAAUUAGAAAAUUAAGCUUACAUUAAAAACACAUAGAAACAAUCUUAUAAUAUGGAACAAUAUGAAAAAAAUAUUCAAAACAAAAUGUAUAACUAACAAAAUUAACGAUUACUCGGUGGGAUAAAGCACAUUUAUUCACUUGAUAUUUGUUUAACAAGAAUUACUUUUUUUUCUUUUUGGAAUAAAUGUGACACUAAAAUAUAAAACUCUAAUAUAAAAACUUCAUCAAAGUAGACCCACGCAGCAGACAAGUAGGCAAAAUUCAAACAACUUAACACAAUUUUAGAUCAUUUUAGAUCCAAUAACAUUUGUCUGUUUGUUCCUCAUUCUCUGCGUUCGUAAGUUUUAGACUACAAUAUUGGAUUCAAAGUUAGUGAAGGAAAAUAACACUUUUUUUUAGCACGUAGGAUACGUUCCACACCCCAAGAAAAUUUGUUUCAGUGUAGAAUUGCAUUUUUUGGCUUGUUCCGGCAUAUUUGAUCGUUUGUAUUAGCGCAUAGUCAUUUUGAGAUCGCAUCACGUCAUGCAGAAACUAUCUAAAUCACCUUUGUUCGGAAUGAUAAAUUGAUUCGAGGUCAUUGAAUUCGGAAUAAUAAUAGAGAGCAAACAAAAAUACACAUGGAAAAAUGCUACCUGAACUUUUACUCGAUUGAUGAUGAAGCGGAAAAAUUGCACGAAAAAGAAAAGCUCGAAACUGAGACAAAACGCUAGUUUGUAAAUUGUAGAAUCACUUUAUUGAUUGUUUCGGUUUGUCUUGGUUUCGUUGCAAGUAUCUGAGGAAUGGUGGUCCCUUCCUUACUAUUAGUAAGCCUUUCGGAUAGCAAAACCUGGAACUUGUCCCCCUCCCUGUUGUCUAGUGGAAGAUACUUGAAAUCGAAAAAGAAAGUUCGAUCAGGAUGGGAAAAAUAGGAGUCGAAACGAUGCACAGGAAGGAAGGAUAAUGUAAUGUAAAAGAAGAAAGAUCGUCGUAAGUGUUAAUUCUUAUAACUUGAAGGAAGGAUAACAGUUGCAUAUAAACAUUAAGAAUUAUGAUAUAUCGUACUGAAGGUAAAUUUAAAAACAAAGAAAUCAGUGACAUAAUAUAGAUAUUGGUUCCCGACAGGUUAUAGGGAACUGCAUGAAGCAAAAACAAAAACAUGCAAAACAUUGAA